GAAACCAUUGCAAAGACAAAACUCAAAGCAAGUUCUGGGAAAAAGAGAGAGACAAAACCCACAACAAAAUUAAUACAUUUUUUCUUGUCAUACAUUAUCAUCGUCAAAUGGCCAACAAAGCUCUCUUCCAACUCCUCAUGAUCUUCUUCUUCACUCUAUCUCACUUCUUCUUCUUCCCUAUCAAUGCUUCGAGACUGGGGAGUUUGAUGGAGAGGCCCGAUCAAAUAAACCUACCUCAACAAGAUACACUAUUGGAUGUGAAGAAGGACGUAGAGGAAAGGAUGGCGAUGGAAGAGAUAAACGAUUAUCCAGGUUCGGGUGCCAACAAUCGCCACUUGCCACGUGGAAGAGGAUGCGUCGAUUGCUAAUAGAUAAAAAUUUAAAGAAGAAGAAUCAAUUAAUAUAAUUAUAGUAGUCCAUAAGUUUAUGUUUGUGUAAGCUACGUCUAAUUAUAAUUACUGACUAUGAAUCAAGUUAGU